AUGAGCUGCCUCACGAGAAAAGUCUUGACCAGUCGCAGGCCAGUGGGUUUCACGCCCUUGUCUUUGCAGAAUUUUCCUGUACACCGUCAGAAAGUGGACUCCACACGGGCCAGAGUUCAGGAGGAUCCUGGAGCCCGAAGGAAACGUCUGGACUCCGGCCACAAUAGGUUGACUUCGGAGGAGUUCCUUUGCAACAGAUGUUAUACAAAGCCAAGUUGGUCUGAAGUUAUGCCCGAAGGUUAUGAAGAUGUCACGACCAUGAGAGGGCUUGCCAAACGACGGAAAGAGCUCGACAUUGUAGCUCCUGCUUCAACAAACCACACACCUCCGGCAUCUCCGCUACUUUUGCAGUCCACUCUGAAUCGUCCAAAAUCCACAAAGCCAGUCAGCCCAUCUCAAAUCCCAUUCUCCCGAGCCUUCUCCACCUCCCCUAGAAGCAAAGACCUCGUCGCUCGGAAGAAAGAGCUCGAUGGACUGGUAGCUGGCGACAUGCUCGCUGGUCCUUCCUCUCACCAUCAGCACCGACCAGAAAUGUCUCGCUCGAUCCCAAAACAUCCUACCACAAGUCCAUCGACCAACACAUCCGUCUCACCACCUCGAAGUUUUUCCACCACCGCCGUUCAUCCCAGAACAAGCAAACUACCCAGCAUCACACUCAUGUCCACGCGAAGCUUCUCUCACAGCUCUGCCAAAGAUUUAACCAAAACUUCACCCAAGCUUUGGGAAUACCACAGAGUCAAAGGGGAUCCAGAAGCUCUCCGCGAGUACUACGACAGAAAGGCCGAGCGAAUGAAAAAACGCUACGACGAAAAUCCUGAUGUGCGCGAAAGGACCAAAAUAUAUUCAAGACGUCGAUGGGAUGUCACUCGGACUAACGAGGGCUUUCGCAUGGCCAUGCGCAUAGGAGCUUGGGUUCGCACGCAUGCUUGGGUACGCGAGCAUCUGCCAUGGAAGACCCACCAUCCACUCCGAUACGAUAAGCCCGUCGAGCACUAUUGCAUGGGCUGUAAACAUAUCAGAAGUGGUGGUUCGUAUCUUUGGUGGCAAGCCAAACGCGAUGUCCCAGAGACCGGGACUGACGCCGCCAGCUAUCUUUGCCAUGGGUGUUACGUGCCAAAAGAUAAUUGGCGUGCAGCAAUGCCUCAAGGCUACGAGGACGUCAAUACUUACGAUGAAAUGAAGGCACGCGGAAAACGGCUUGGAGUGACUGGAGUUGCAGAACACAUGGCGUUGGAUGAUGGGAUCUAG